GGUGUCCUGCACCGGGCGCUGUGCGCGCAGCCAGAGCCCCGACACCUCCCCAGCGGACGCGGGCCCUAUAAAUCCCCCAGCCCACUCCGGAGGGGGCAGCGGUACCCGGCACCCGUGGAGGCUCCUUGGGCUGGGGCUGCUCGCCGGAGGUGCGAGCGAAGUUCUCCUGCAACCCCCCACCCCGUGUGCAGCGGGGCGCAGCGCCGUGUCGCGCAGGGCCGCCGGCGGGGAUGGACUAUUCCUAUGAUGAGGACCUGGACGAGCUGUGUCCGGUCUGCGGGGACAAGGUCUCGGGGUACCACUACGGGCUGCUCACCUGCGAGAGCUGCAAGGGCUUCUUCAAGAGGACGGUGCAGAACAACAAGCACUACACCUGCACCGAGAGCCAGAACUGCAAGAUCGACAAGACCCAGCGGAAGCGCUGCCCCUACUGCCGCUUCCAGAAGUGCCUCACCGUGGGGAUGCGCCUGGAAGCCGUGCGUGCAGACCGGAUGCGCGGAGGCAGAAACAAGUUUGGGCCCAUGUACAAGCGGGACCGUGCCUUAAAGCAGCAGAAGAAAGCCCUGAUCCGUGCCAACGGCUUCAAGCUGGAGACCGUGCCCCAGAUCGUGUCUCCCGUGCAGAACGACUACAGCCUGUCCUCCACCAUCCACAGCAUCCACGCCAUGUCCAAGACCCUGCCGCCCAACCCCGCCGCCCUGACGCCCGUCGACUAUGAGCGCGGCCCCUACGGGACGCCCUCCCUGGGAAUGACUGUGCCCAGCCACGCGCCGCUCGCCGGCUACCACUACCCUUCCUUCCCCAGCCGCACCAUCAAGUCCGAGUACCCCGACCACUACACAAACACGCACGAGUCCAUGCCCUACAUGUACCCAGAGACCUACCCCAGCAGCUCCCCCCCCGACAUCCCUGAGGUCAUCCUGAAGCUGCUGCAGCUGGAGCCCGACGAGGCCCAGGUGAAGGCGCGGAUCCUGGCCUGCCUGCAGCAAGAGCAAGGCAAAGGCCGGCACGAGAAGCUCAGCACCUUUGGCCUCAUGUGCAAGAUGGCCGACCAGACCCUCUUCUCCAUCGUGGAGUGGGCACGGAGCUGCAUCUUCUUCAAGGAGCUGGAGGUGGGCGACCAGAUGAAGCUGCUGCAGAACUGCUGGAGCGAGCUGCUGGUGUUCGACCACGUCUACCGGCAGCUGCAGCACGGCAAGGAGCACAGCGUGCUGCUGGUCACCGGCCAGGAGGUGGACCUGUCGACGGUGGCGGCACAGGCGGGCUCCAUCCUGCACUCCCUGGUGCUGCGGGCGCAGGAGCUGGUCCUGCACCUGCACUCCCUCCAGGUGGACCGGCAGGAGUUCGUCUGCCUCAAGUUCCUGAUCCUCUUCAGCCUCGAUGUGAAGUACCUGGAGAACCACACGUUGGCUAAGGACGCUCAGGAGAAGGCCAACGCGGCGCUGCUGGAGUACACCGUCUGCCACUACCCCCACUCCACGGACAAGUUUCGCCAGCUGCUGCUGCGGCUGGCAGAGGUCCGGGCGCUGAGCAUGCAGGCAGAGGAGUACCUGUACCACAAGCACCUGAGCGGGGAGGUGCCCUGCAACAACCUCCUCAUCGAGAUGCUGCACGCCAAGCGGACUUGAGUGCGGCCCCGCGCACGGACUCGGCAGAGCCCUGGCGCUGACGGCAGCACCACGGGGCAGGAGGUGCACCCGGGGUGGCCGCUGCCGCCUCUCUGCCCCGUGCUUCUCAGUGAUGCUAUUUAACCCGUACUAUUGGAAAGGUCCCAGAUGAUUUAUUUUAAUACACAGUAAGGACUGUUAAUGGCUGUGGGGCCAUGGGCUCGGCUGCUGGACUGCCCCAUCGGCAGCGUGGCCCCGCAGCUCCUCUGCACACCUGGUGCCCAGCACGCCGCCUGCCCGACCCGGCUCUGUGGUGUGAGGAAGGGUAAAGCCCAGCUUUUCUCCUAUUUAUGCUCCUCUCCUGCUGUCCUUAUGCACCAUCUCUUUGCCACUGCCCUCCCUGCCCCCAGCCCUGCCCUGUCUCAGGACCCCUCAUGCACAGGGCAGGGGAAAAAGCGAGGUGAACCCCCAGCAGGUGGUGGUUUCGCAGGGGUCGUGGUGUGCCCAGGCACUGGCACGGUGGCAGAGGAUUUCUGCAGGAGCAAACAGAGCCCUGGAGCUUCCACAGUGUCGCUGCCUGGUGGGUGCCGAGCAGCACAGGAGGGGCCGGGCACUGCUGAGCCCUCAGCUGGGUUUUUCUCCGUGCCUGCUGAUGCGGGGGCAGCAGCCAUUGCUUUGCAGCCCUCAGCAGCUGCAGCGCACCCUGUGCCCAAGGUCAGCUCGUGUCUGGGGUGGCAAAGCUUCAUGCAGAUGCUCCAAGAGAGUCAGUGCUGGGGGCAGGGGCCCGUCCCUGGGAUCUGGAGCCCAUGGCCCUGCUGCUGCGACCCCCCCGGCAGCAGGGCAGGAGUGGACACAGGGAGGAAGGGCUGAAAGCUCUGGCCCGGGCGCAUUGCGGGGGCCUGUGGGUCGCUGUGACUGGGCAGCUCCUCCACUGGUGCCUGGGCAGCCAAGGGACAGGAUGAGGCCAGGGGUGGGCUCUGUGCCCUCCCUGCCCGCAGGUGAUGCUGGUGGAGGUGGCACAGCGGCUGGGCAGGAGGGACGUGCAGGUCAGGCCCCGUGCUGCGGCACUGGGCAGCCGCAGCAGCAGCAGCACAUGGCAGCACGUGCCCAGGGCCUGGGGUGCAACUGGAGGCCCCGGCAGCACCCCCUGUGCCCACCUCCAAAGCACCAGAGUGAGGAGUGAUAAGAACAGCCCAGUGGUUCACGGGGGCUGAGCUGGGCCUCCAGGGCCCCAUCCUGCCACCCCCGGUGGAGCCCUCCCUGCCUAGCCCCACCAGCACGGCCUUGUCCCUGGGUGGCAACAAGCAUGGUGCCACACGCAGAGAGAGGCUGGGCCGGGGGCUCACAGGCACGACGGGGCAGCGCCGGGGGCUCCAGCUGCUUCGUCUCCAGCUCAGCCUCCACCCGCCCCACGCCUCCUCCUCGGCCGGGUGCCCAGCGCACGGCCCCCCCCCCCCGCAGCAGCAAGGCCCCGCCAGCUCCACUGCGGCUCCCUCAGUGCCGCUGGCUGGGGUUCAGGUGUCUCCUCCGUUGCGGGUGGGUGUCCUUGCUUGGAGGGGACUCUUGUACGCCACGGCUCUGCACAGAGCUGGUGCCUUGAGGAGCUCUCACGCUGCAGGCGAGCGCUGCUGCAGACUGCUGUACCCAGAGCCGCUCAUCCACGGAAGCUUGUUAGAUGCAGAAGAGCAUGUUUGUUUCUGCUUUUCAACGUUUGUGCAUUCUCCUCCUGAAGUCUGUGGUUCAGUUUCACCUUCUUCUUUUUGUGAACUUAAAGAACUGGAGAAAAUGGUUUCGGAGGUAAAAGAUGUUUUAUUUUCAGAAAAUUAAAAGUGUCCUUAAGUGUCUUUCUCUUUCUCACAUCCUUUCCUCUCUCUCAUCCUUCUCCUUCUUCACUCCCCACCUUUCCUUCCCAGGCAGGAGGUCAUUAACUUCCUUGUCAGGAGCAAACCACUGUAAUAAAUUUUGCAGUUCAUUUAAA